UGGAUGCACAUCCUCCCUUCCAGUAUGAGUUUCGGAAGUUGUGCGCUCCUCCCUGGUUUGAGUUUGGCUCAAAAAAGACACUCAACCAUGAAAAUAUCAUAAGUUCUAAUGGGGAAGUCUCGCUUACACAGGCUGUGCUUCUCCUUUUUAAGCCUGACAAGUAGCUUUUGGAGGUGCCCUCUUUCGAAAAGGACCUUGAUCUUUGCGACCGUAUGCGUACUCUAUUUGGUUUUUAUGGUUUCGUAUGUUGGAUAUUCACAGCAGCACCGGGACAGAAGGACAGACACACACAAGUACCGACACACCCGUGGACUGGAGACCAGUAAUGGUGCCUUCUCGUACUCUGCGGACUUACAGACCGGCGCGAGCCCCGUGGUUCCAACUCGGUCCAACGUGGUUUACAUUACGCUCAGGUUUAAACGCAUGAAACCCGCAAAUAUUCGGGGAACAAUCAGACCAAAACUCAGGAGGAAAGUGAGGAAGAAUAAAACAGCAACUUCAGCUUUUACGCAGGACAAAUUUAGCACUUUGGAGCGGGACGUGAGGCAAAAUAAGCGCAACGAGAAAGAAACCGGGGAUGUUGAUUAUAAAUCUUUACACACAAUUCCUAAAUCUCCCCACAAUGAAGUGGCAGAGUCUGAGAUCAGCUCGAUUCGGAUCUACAGCCAACAGGCACCACAGUGGCUCAGCCUACAGGACGUGAAAGCCAUGCGCUUUCUUGCGGAUGCCAAAGUUUGGCGCAUCCGAGAAGUUUUCCGCGAAGACGCUCCAUCACUCCUGAUGUUUGAGGGCGAGACACGGGAGCAGCCACCGGGCAACCGAAGCCACACAGCGCGGGGCAGCGUGUGCACGGGACAGUGUGGAGUCAUCAACAGCCCCGUGGACAACAGCGAGGUCUUCGCUUUCCACUUGGACAGAGUUCUGGGUCUGAACAGGACUUUACCAGCUGUGAGCAGAACAUUCACAUUUUUACACGAUGGCCAGCCCUGUCCAGUGGUGUCAUGGGAUGCGUCUCUGUACCCAGAGGGCCUUGCUGCAGGCUGGACCACUGUGAGGUUAACAUGGGGGGGUUACCAGAGAUCCUUGAAACAAAGGUGCUGGCAUAAAAACAUCAGCCCAAAGCCAGACUCUGGCUGCUCCACCAUCCAUCACCAUGAGUGGAGCAAACUCGCCCUCUUUGACUUCCUGUUACAGAUUCACAGCCGUUUGGAUCAGAGCUGCUGUGGCUUCAAGCCUCGGCAGGAGGAUCAGUGUGUGGUACUGGGCCACCACGCUGACUGUGUGAACCAGGACCACAUUCAACUGGCAAACAUCAUCCACAGGGGUCACGAUCCCAGACGCCUGGUCUUGACAAACAACAAGGGCUUCUUCGACCGCAAUGAAGACAACUUGGACUUCAGGCUGUUGGAGGGGAUCACAGAGCUUCCGGAGCAGGCGGUAUCAGUGUUAAGGAGCAGGAGGCUGAGGGAAAAACUCAUCCAGUCUCUGUUCCUGGACCAGACGUAUUGGGAGAGCCAGGGCGGCCGGCAGGGCAUCGAUAAGCUGAUCGAUGUUAUUGAGAGGCGGGCAAACGUCCUUCUCACCUACAUCAAUGCCCAUGGCAUCAGAGUUGUUCCAAUGAAUGUUUAAUGAGGUCCAUACCUAGUUUUCUUCCCGUGCCGUUUCUUUAUGCUGUCUGCGUAACAAUCAGCUAAUGACUAAAUGACUUAAUGAUAGGAGCUGAGUAUAACAGCCCAUGCUGUUGAGUUUAAAUGGCCAUAAUCUUCAUUUUAGUGUUAUUUAAAGUGAAACACUCUGGAAUUUAAAAUGAUUACUAGGAAGCUGCAUACCUUUUCUUGAAAACGAAGGGCAUAAAUUGACAUAGAAUACAGUUGCUAUUUUGAUUAUACUGUAGCUAACCUUUUGAAUAGUCAGUGGUCAAAGAAACAUAAUUCAUCAUUUGACAUCCACUUUAAGUCUAACUCUAACACAAGGAAACUAUAGAUUUACCUCCUUCACUGUGGGUCUUUAUGUCUUUCUUCCAUUCAUACAAAUACACUGUAAACAUUAUUCAAAGACGUUUCUGCAGAAAAGGCAUCGUCCUCCUACUCAUGCCUUCCAGCUAUUUUAAAUUGCUUUGUGUAUACGGCGAAAUCUCUGCAUAUGCUGUAAAUUAUUGUUUUAGUGGAAACAGCCGUAGAUCCACUGGGAUUACCUGGCCUCACAGAUUAGAGUUUAAUUUGAACGAGUAAUUGUAAAAAUGUUUUUUUUUUUUUUUUUAACAUACACCACAAGACACCAAGAAAAUGAUGGGUCCAUGCAUGAAUUUCACAUAUAUGCAUAUUUAAAACGUGUCAGCCUAUUUAAACGUGCUGUAUGAGUAAAAGUCGUGCAAUGAACUUUGACCAAGCAGAGAAACUCAGAGACAGAGACAGGUCACCUUCAUCGUUGUCCUUUAUCACAUAUUUCUUUUUGGACUUGAAUGAUAAUGUCAUGCACUGCACUGUUAUGAAAGCGUGGUCAAAACUAAAGGAAUCUGAACAUAA